UCACUACAGGAUGCCAAGAACGCAAUCGUGGCUUAAUUAAAUAUUAAAAAAUUGCGUCAGUUGAAACAAACUCAUCGAUCUAUUACGCAGUGUAGAAAAUAUCAUAAAAUUGUUAAAAAUGUCUCAUCCAUCAAAAUUGAAACAACCCAGACAUCGUCAUUUAGUGCAAAAGCUACGUAUUAUGGAGGGAACAAAAUGGGACCGUCCUUUUCCUAAAUCGAAGGAGUACUGGAAGAGGUUUUGCGACGAUGAAGAGAAAAGGUUAAUUAGACCUCUCGCCUGCAAUUCCCGUCUGCUGAGACAUGCCUUGCCGCUCAACUCGUAUAAUCUUAUCGCCCCAUUAUUGGGCAUGCCGAAUUGGUAUCCGAAAAUAACCGUACAAAAAGAGGCGACAGUGCAUUACGAAAAGGAAGAGGAAGAAGAAGAAGAAAAAGAAGAAGAAGAGGCGGAAGGCGCGAUUCCCUUCGAUUUGAUUGUGCAUCCCCCAACGACCAAAGACAUUUCGACGAACGGAGAUGAGCAUAAAAUAGGUCAAGCCAGAUCGAAUCCUUACGCUCUCUUCUUGAAGAAACCGCGGCGCAAGGUUGUCACUUGGCGUCCUUUAACGGCGGCCGAUCUUAAAGGCUACGAUCCCGAGGCUACUCUUGAGAUGAGAGCAAGAAAUAUUACGAACAAGAUAUGCCGUGACUUCUGCGAUUGGCUACGCAGUUUAGGUGGCACCGACAAAGUCAUCGACGAGGAAGUCCUAGGAGAUAUGUUCGAAAUUGACUUUACGGCUGACGCCAGCAGAACGAUGGAGAUGUCAAUGAGGGAAAUGCCGAUGGUACCUGACGACGUUGCCGCAGUGAGACAAUGUCCUGAUGCAAGUGAACUUGCCAUGACCAGAAAGCAUCUGAUCAGAGACGCCAAAGCCGAGAGUAAACCGGCCAAAACAAUGGGCUUUGGUACCGCAAUACCUUGGAAGUAUCGGUUCGUACCGCCCAAAAAUCGGGUGAGAGAGAAAUGGCUACAAUGCGAAAAUGUGAAGCCGGAUCUAGAAACGAUGGACGUGGCCUGGAAAGACAUAACGCAUCUGGAGAGCGUCAGGUCUUUCGCAAAAUGGCUUAACGAACGUUCGGAAACUUUGCUACCGGAUGCAUUAAUAACCGCAAUGACCAUCGAUUCUGCAAAACAUAUCAUUGACGAUGACACUUAUACGUAAAUAAACGUCAAGUAGAUUUAGCGGCUUUAAAGUCCCCGUCAGAGUCCCGACUCGUCGAUAAAUAAUUAACAGAAGCAGGAGAGAUCGGUGCUUGGAAAGAAAUUGCCGAUAGACCCUCAAAGUUCCUGCAUACUGGCGCCAAAUACGUUCGUGUAACCGAUACGACCGCAUGAUGACACGGCGCAGAACGCCCAUUUCCUGUAUGCGGCGAACGGUUAACCUCCGUGUAGCCGCCGUGAACGCUUCAAUCGCAAACAAUUCCCGGGGAAAUUUCGACAAACGUUCAAUUACGGGACCUAAUUUUCUGCUAAUGAUCGCCACGUUUCACUAGCCCAACGUAACGUAGAAAUCAAGUUUCUCGCUGGGUUCCUACCUCGAAUCAAAAUGUAUGGAUCAUUAAAAGGCGCGAACGGUUACCGGGCCAUCAUUCCUGAUUUGGCGUGUAGAUUGGAUUAACAGUCCGACUUCUGUCUCUCCUACUCUCCCACGCACUCCUAUAUACACACGUACACGCACACAUAUACCCGACAAAUUAAUUCAUUGGCAACGCGGCGCACCGACUAAUACUGUAUUUCGCUGCACCAAUUAUUAUCGA